UAUUAACUGAUUGGUAGCAAUGGAAAAGAGUAAAGAUAUGGCAUAGGAAGUCUUACGGUUUCAUGUUUUUUUCCUUCGAGAACAGAUUGGUCGACAACACCUGGAGUUGUAAGAACUCUGUGUCUCCUUAAUUUAAUUAAUCCGUUCCCGAUUUAUUCAAUUUGCGAUUUGAUUGUCCCAGCUUGUACAGGGAGAACCAGAAGCUGCCCUUGCUUCCGCAUACUGACAUUGCCUUUUCCCCGAUUCUCUGUUCAGGAAGUCUACAUCUUCCGAACGUUCUUCCCCAAUACUGACAAAAUGACGGGAGAACUGAUAUUGUAGCAGCAUCGACUUUUAAAAGACAUCGACUUAUUUAAGCCAUCGUGCCAACUUUUCAGCAGAGUCAAAGGACACGCUGUCAGGCUCGUCAUGGACAAUUCUGCCAACGCAUCUGCUCUGCCAUUUCCGGCCGUUAAUUUCAUUAUAACCAGUCACGCUAGUGUGCUCAACGAAAAUCAUGCAGCUGAUAAUUCAACUCAAGCUGCCUUCUCCAUGUAUCUGCCGGAAUGGUUGUACACUGAGGACCAAGUUCGCGAAUCGUACCUCGCCUGUCGCGCGGUGUUCUUUUGCCUGUUGGCCUUGUGCACCGUUGGAAAUGGACUCAAUCUGGUGGUGUUAAUCCGCAGUGUACCCACCUGGAAGUUAUCGGCAUGCCAUUACUUGAUCGGCGCGGCCGUGGCUGAUUUACUAGCGCUAUGGCUCGGUUUAUCCACUUUUCUUCCGGACACGGGAAUGGACGUACACAUAAGCAUAACAGUGAACAGCCUUAUUGUCCCAUGGUUUUCUGAGGCUGCAAUGUGUCUAUCCGAUUGGAUCCUAGUAGUAUUCACCUGGGAACGGCUUCUUGUGUUCCUCAGCACUUUUCGAUUUGGAUUUCUGCAGAGUGUUCUCACGGCGCGUGUUGUUAUUGUCCUUCUUACCAUUCUGUCGUUGGCCUGCUACGCAUUCGAAUUUAUAACCCAUUAUUAUGAUUAUACGUUUGACUACUUGGGCGCUUAUCAAAGCGGCAUCUUUCCGGCGUGGAUACGUACAAAAACUCGCAUUCACGAAAUGGGGAUAAACAUCCAGUUUGUUUUGCGCCUGCUGCCAUUACCAUUGAUCCUUGUUCCGAGUAUAAUUUUGAUUGCCCUAAUUACUCGUCAACGACGAUCUGAAUUCAGUACCAUGCGUCGCUUACAAGAGGCUAACAGUGAGACAUCGGUGGCAACUUCUGCCAGUAAAUCCUCAUCCCAACGCGGAAUCAACAUCAUCCUGCUAAGCAGUGCGCUGCUUUACUUCAUCACUCGCUCCCUGAAGUUUUUCGACUCGUUUGCCAAACUGCUACCGUAUGACCUUGUCUAUACAUACCUAUACGAUCGGAGCUUGAAUGAUCUUAUGGCACCAAUAGUCUCUGCUACAAUGUACAUGGGUUAUUCGUUAAAUUUUUACGUGUACUUGCUAAGCGAACGUCAAUAUCGGCGGCGUUUCAUCACACUAGUGGUUCGUCCAGUACGCGAUGUCUGCUUUCGCCAAGUGCUCCCCAAAGAAGGCCGUGAACGGGGAACUGAAGAUAUGGAGAUGAGUGAAAAAUGAUCAACGGUCACGUAGCAGCAAUAGCAACCCUCUUCUUACAAAAGCACGACAUAGUGACUCCAGUUGCCCAAAGUUCAUUCCCAACGAAGACAUAAAUUCCGAUAACAAAAUACUGCCGCUUCUUGGUGUUCUGUGCUUUAGUUCUUUGCUGAGAAUGAUAAUUUAAACUGAUUAGCAAAUUUAUUACGGGGUUACACUAAGUGAAGUUGAUAUGUACUUCGCAAAUUUGGUUGAAUGAAAUAUUACUGCAUUCCUACAAUAUGGUUGGUCUGUUCU